UGCUUGGAGGAACACGACCACUGUUUGAGCCGCGACAGCUCUGCCCUACCAGAUAGAGUCCUGGAUCUGGGAACCCCAUGCGACCCUCAUCUAAAACUGCUGGAGACACAGAAUGAACCAGCGGAAUACGUUUCUUUGAGCUAUUGCUGGGGCACUUUGCCCAACUUCGUGACGCUGACUAGUAAUAUCGAAGAAUUCAAAGCUGGUAUUGACGAGACGACCCUGCCUGCGACACUCAAGGACACAGUGGCAGUGACCCGAGCUUUGGGGAUUCGCUACCUAUGGAUCGAUGCGAUAUGCAUCAUUCAACGUGACGCAGAGGAUUGGAACAAGCAGAGCGUGAAGAUGGCCAGUGUCUAUGGCAAUGCAUACCUGACCCUCAUCAUCUCCCAGGCGGAGGGCGUACACGACGGAUUUCUUCACAAAAGGGACAAUACUACACUAGCAGUAGGCACUACCCAGAAGAAAGGACAAGAUACAGAAGUGUACCUACUCCCCAGAGUGGCCACCGCCGACGAGAUACUCCAGGACCUGUCGCUUACACCUGUCGGAGACAGAGGGUGGUGCGUACAAGAACGUCUGAUCGCGCCUCGAAAGGUCUACUUCCACCGCGACCAAAUGAUUUGGGAAUGCAAAGAACGCUUCUAUUGCGAG